AUGGCAGCAUCUUCAAGCGCACACAUCAUUGUCGACCCAGAUGGAGAUUUGUUCCUCCUCCUGAAUCCAACCAUACCAAAUUCCACAAAAUCCGACUAUUCUUCUCUAGCAGACCCCGAGGCUAUCAAUGCUCCGACGGAUGACAUAUCUACGGAAUUGCAGAUGAUACGCUCCCUUGAAGGUGGAAUGGUACAGACCUGGCAGGACGAGCCACCCCCGAUAUAUAGCGACCAUAUACUGGUAUCUUCGAAGCACAUGUGUUUAGCCUCUCCAGUAUUCAAAGCAAUGCUACAGGGCGAAUUCAAGCAAAGUGUCACGCUAAAGACUAUGGGGAAACUCGAAGUUCCACUUCCAGAUGAUAACCCCACUGCCAUGAAAAUCUUGAUUAAUAUCAUCCAUGGUAGGAUGAGCAUGGUUCCAUUGAAGAUUGCAUUAGAACUGUUCUGUCAAAUUGCAAUUCUGGUUGAUAAAUAUCAGUGUCGGGAAAUUGUACAGCUUUUGCCUCCUGUAUGGAAAAAUGAAUUUUCGCAUACAUUCUCUCAAGGUCAAUGGGUCGACAUUGUCCACUGGGUAUGCAUAGCUUGGCAGUUCGAGCUUGAAGACGAAUUUCUCAAAGCUACGCAAAUAAUACGAGAGAGGAGUAGUUGGACUAUGGAAAAUUUGAUAGGUUGCAUCAAAUACGACCUGCCGAUACCGAAUUACGUAGUCGGUAAGUUUUCCGUGGCACUGAGUACGAAAUCAUUAACAUUUCCAGAUAAAAUCGAGUCGUGUCGGCUUGAAGGAAUGAGAAAGGUCUGCAAGAUUAUCCAAGAUACCAUAACUAAAUAUCAAAGCUCAAGUUAUAGUUGCAGUGCUACCAAUAUUCCGUGGGUUAUCGACACUUCUGACAAACACCAUGGAAUUGCCAAUGAUCUCCCUUCUUAUAGAAACGAUUGCGAUUCGAUGGUGCUUGGAUCUCUCAUCAAGAGUUCUGUGAGUAACGGAUUAUAUCCACUCCCGGAACAACCAUACACUUUAUGGUCCUUGAAUUCACUUACUGCGAAAGUCAAGCUCCUCAAGGCUGAUUCGCUGUGCUUCAAGCUCACGCAAGAAAAGCUCGAAGAUCACAACAUUACGGGAAGCAUCAGAAAAUCUGUCAAAGCUAUUGACAAAUCGGGAUUGAGUCUAUCGAUAUGCAAGGAGCUGGCCUUUUGUUAG